ACCAGGCUUUCUCUCGCUUAAAAAGUACAGACCGUGCACGUGCGUUGGGUUCCUUGCACCUGAUAUUAUUCACUAAAACCCAUCAAAAAAAGCAUCAUCUCAAUUCGGAGAUUUCGAUCACUCUAAUCCACCCCUCGCUCCCAGAAUCACAUCCACAUCGGACACUGGGGAUUCACACGAUAAACAUCAACCCGAAGGACAGAACAGAACUUCCUUCAGCGCUCUAAUUAAACACCGCCCGUUACAACUUGUUCCCGCGCAUUUUUUCUAUAUCCGCAAUCAUGGGUCCGAAAAAGAAGGAACAGCAGAAGAUGUCCCUCGGGGCCUUCAUGACUGAUGAGAAACUUGGGUCCUGGGCUGAUGAGAUGGAGGAUAUGCCAGUCUCCGACUCUCGUGCUGGAUAUGGCGCCGAAAAGCGAACUUACGGCUCUACAAACACUACCUUCGGAAGUGGUAACCUAGCUGGAUACUCUGUCAGAGAGGAAUUACCUCUCCCAGAUAAGCCACCUUAUACUGUGCAUCUAGGAAACCUCUCAUUCGACGCUACCGUUGGAGACGUGACAGAUUUCUUUGCUGAUUGCGAAUGCACCAAUGUUCGCAUCAUCGAAGACAAGCUCGAAAUGAAACCCAAGGGGUUUGGAUAUGCAGAGUUUGGUUCCCGCGAAGGCCUGAUCAAGGCAUUAGCACUUUCGGGAUCGCAAUUCCAGGGCAGAAACAUCAGAGUCAGCGUCGCAGAUCCACCCAAAGAUCGUGAUCGCCCAGAUGUUCGUGAAUUGGGAGACUGGAGUCGCAAGGGACCAUUGCCCGACCUGCCAGGUCGCGGAGGAAACGACCGCCGAGCACCUGAGAGAGGGUUCGCAUCUGGAAGAACAUUUGGCGAUGGAGGCUCGGAAUCCGGCGGUGACCGUAGAGAGCGCCGUGACCCAUUCCCCCAGGAUGAUGGAAAGGUCAGAGACUUUGGCAACUGGGAGCGUCGUGGGCCACUGUCCCCACUCCCCCAACAGGAGCGCCAGACGAGCACUAGAGAAGGGGGCCGCAGCAGCACAGUUGAUGGGCCGCGUGCGGAAGGGUUCAAAGAUAGGAGAGCAUCGCCAGCAGCAUGGGGAGAGGGCCGUACCCAGGACUCCCAGGAUGGCUCGAGACCUCCAAGACGCGAGUUUCAGGAGCGCCCAGUUGCUGAUAGGGCCCCAACCGCCGCAGAGCAGGAUAGCCAAUGGCGAACAAAGAUGAAGCCAGACGCCCCAGUUGCACCAGCUGCGACUUCGCCGCUGCCAUCGAGGGAUGGUAGUGAAGGCCCGGCUUCUCCCGCAACAGCCUCUGCAGCCCCCGUUGGAAGACCAAAGCUGAACCUGACAAAGCGCACAGUGUCUGAAGCAGCUGACGUGGCUUCACCAGCAUCUGCUUCUGGCGAUGCUAAGGCUAGCCCAUUCGGUGCAGCACGUCCUAUUGACACUGCUGCCAAAGAAAGGGAGAUCGAAGAGAAACGAGUUGCUGCGCUGAAGGAGAAAAAGGAGGCCGAUGACAAGUCUCGCGAGGAAAAGCGCAUCGCUAAGGAGGCUGCAAAGGCAGAAAAGACCGAAGGCGAGACUGAUGACGGCACAGCAACUGCAGAGAUUGUGAAGAAAGCGGAUGGUCUUACCCUGGACGAAGAUGCUGCGACUCAAGACACCACCGACUCUAAGCCUAAAGAGGCAGCUCAACAGAAACCCGCCGAUACCGGUGCCUGGAGACGCCCUGCAGCUGGCCCAAAGCCCCCUCGAGGCGAUGUCCCAAGGGGUCCUCGCGGUGAUGGGCCACCACGUGGUCCUCGCAACGAUUCCAACAGAGGUCCAGGGCCACGAGCCAACGGUGGAGCUCCACCAUCCGGCGCAGCUGCCGAGCAGGUGGCAGAAGCUCCAGAGGAAGACGGCUGGAGCACGGUCUCAAAACCUAAAAAGAACCAGCGUGGUGGCGCACGUGGUAUUUAAUCAUAGGUUUUUAAUUCAGCGUCCAGGGCAGUGCGGGAAGCGAAAUAUGCAGCCAUGAAGGGUUGGGCAUUUUCUGAUCCAAUCUCUUUACACGACGGUACUAUAUGCAGUGGAUGGAUCUGUACUCGGCGUUUGGUCAUGUUUGUCGUUUCUGGUAUCUUGUGUGUGCGCUUAACUCCUUGCUGAUUUGGCUUUGGAUAGCGCGUAUGAAUGAUACCGAGUAUGUCGCGUUGCAUUAAGGCUGUCUCAUAACUAUGCUUUCUUCGUUGUUUCUACUUCGCAUAUACGGUUGCGUUUUCAGCGGGCUUCAAAAGUUCUAUUGAGGAUCUAUCAUGGGAGCAUUGGAAGAAUGAAUGCAAAGGUGUGCUCUCACAUGAGAAGUAGUGGCAACUAGACUCACCGCCGCAUUAUGAUCGCUGGCAUGCACGAUAGUGCCAAAUGGCACAGAAAUAUGGAUUCUCGCAUGCUUGUAUUUAUAAAUGCCUUCCAGACGUCUCAACUUUGAAGACCCAGUCCGUUUAUGUCUCGAUAUUUAUGUUAAAAAUGAAUGAACGUGUAUUGACUAGCUAAUGCAACCGAUAUAUAUAUCCUCAACCUUCCAAUCUUCCCGUGGCGCGAACCCAUUCUACUGCCUUUGCCUUAACCUUCUCCUGGCUCUUGGCAUCUCCGUGCUUUCCCU